CAACACGCGGUACACAGCGGAAGUGCACUUCUUCGAUAUUAUUAACCGGUUAAAUAUACAACGCCGCUUAAAUCAGCAACAAAAAAUAUCGACAUUCGUCCCUGAUAUAUUCUCAACUCGAACGAUCGAUCGUUAUAAAGCUGGACCAAUAAUAAACAGGAGUUACAGAAUGUUGUGGAUUACGUUGAUCCUGUUCAUGGUGGGCGGAUCAAUGGCGCAAAUACCAAUCAUCGGACUCUGUCCAUCUGUAGACACAGUGUCAAAUUUUACCGUAUCGAGGUACGUUGGCAAAUGGUACGAAGCUGAAAAAUAUUUCACGAUAUUUCAAUUCGGGGGUAAAUGCACGACUGCGGAAUACGCCCUGAGUGAAAAUGGAUCCGUUACGAUUAGGAACAGCCAGAUAUCAUCGUUAACUGGAUUGGCCAGCAGCAUCGACGGUAUAGCGAGAUUUGUCGGCAGAUCGGACGACGCGAAGUUUUCGGUCAAUUUUCCGUCACUUCCCUUAUCAGUGGACGCGCCUUAUUGGGUUCUCGAUACCGACUACGAUAGUUACGCCGUAGUUUGGAGUUGUACGGAUUACGGCUUUAUAAGCGCUCGAUACGCGUGGAUUCUAACCAGAGAGCGAAAUCCACCGCUAUCGGUAGUGCAAGGGGCUUAUAAUGUCCUCGACAAAAACGGACUGAGCAGAGCUUUUCUCCUUCGAACGGAUCAAAAUAACUGUCCGGAAUCGUCUUAAGGUGCACUUCAUCGAUAAUGAUUACGACUAUUGACGAUAAUUAUCGCGUAAAAAGUUACAGCGAGAAAACGAAUCCCCGCCAUUAUAUAAAUUAAUGCAUGUUUAUACUGUAUUGAUUAGUAAGAGAGUGCUAUGUAUUAUUCGUGACCAAGAUUUAUUUGUUCAGUGCCACUAUUUGGUGAAUGAAGAGAAAAAGAAAGGAAAAAAAUUUAUCAAUAUUAUUUAUAAUAUAAUUGAUCUCAGGUGACCAAAAUAUUCGUUUUUUUUUUCAUAGCUCCAACAUAUUUAUCUAUGUAUAUUAUUGUAUGCAUGGUUGUAGUUUCAAGUGAUGUACAAUUAAUUAUUUACGUGUAUGAUAAAUAAUCUACUAGAACAGCAUAUACAUAUAAUUAUAGAUGCAAUGUUCAAUUUAUCAAAAAAUAAACUUUCACCAACGUGAG